AUGCAGAUCUCACCGUUCGAGAGGGCGACGCGACUGCGGGCGGCGCUAUCGACGCGAUGGCCCGGGAUCUUGCCCGACGACCUGUCUGACGAGGCCUUCCACGACGCGCUCGUGGACGCCAUCGCGCCGUCGACCAUCCCGGAGUGCGCGCGCGGGUUGUUCGAGGGCGACGUCCUCCAGGCCGCGGGCGUCGCGCCCGCGGACGUGCACGUGAUCACGCAGGGCGAGUUUAUCGACGACAAGGGGACGACGCUCCCGCCCGGGUCGUUCGUCGGCGCCGUCGCGUACGCGUUCAAGGUGGAGACGCACCGGAGCGUGACCGCGCUCAAGGAGGGCGACGUCGUCGUCGCGCCCCGCGCGGUGGCGACGAUCGAGGCGACGCCGGAUGAGCACGCGGCGGCGACGAAGAUCCAGGCGAUGGCGCGAGGAAACGCCGCGCGGCGCGGCGGCAAUCCGUUCGGCGGACUCCCUCGCAAACGCAAAGCCGCGUCGUCGGCGUUGCGAACGUUCUCGAUCCCGUGGGCCGCGCUCGACGCGAUGAAAACCUCGAGCACGCUGCGCGCGGUGUACGAGACGAUCGAACGGAGCGCGAUGCGCACGCGAGAGGAGGGCGGGAUACUCACGCCGUUGCCGGGGGACGCGCCGUCGACGCCCGCGGCGGCGGCGGCGGCGGCGGCGGCGGAGAACGACUUCCCGGAAGAGGAGUCGAUCGAUUACGAGGACGCGGAGCUCCCGGAGGAGCUUCACGAGCGGCUCCCGGACGAGCUCACGGACGAGGAGUACGCGGCGGAGGUCCGGUCGCCGUCGCCGGUCGCGCCGGUCGCCGUGGCGGUCGCCGCGCCGGCCGAGAAAGAGAAAGAGGAAGAGCCGGCGCCCGCGUCGCCGGCGCCCGCGUCGCCGGCGCCAGCGUCGCCGGCGCCCGCGUCGCCGGUCCCCUCGAGCGUGCUGCCGCCGAUCUCGACGCCGGCCUCGCCGCCGCGGGAGUCCGCGCCCGCGUCGCCGGCGCCGUCUUCCGUCCCCGCGUCGCCGCUCCCCGAGUCUCUCCCCGCGUCGCCGCUCCCCGAGUCUCUCGCGUCGACGCCGCGGCCGGAGCCGGACUCCGCCGCGUCGGGGCGACGCGACGCGGCCGAGGAGGGAUCCCGCUCGGGGUCUGCCGCCGACGAGUACGCGGAGGAGGACUUCGAAGAGGACGACGACAUCCCGGACGAGACCGAAGUGCCGACCGCGCUCGAGCUCUUGACGGUGGCGCUGAAGGCGCAAAAGGCGGACGCGCGGACAGGCGCGGAGGCGACGCCGGCGCGACGCGCGAUUUUCGCGGGGAUGGACGACGACGCCGUCGUCAAAACGCUCGCGUCUCAUGCGGUACUCUCGCACGUGAAACCCGGCGUCGCCGUCGCGAAACACGGCGAUCCCGAAAACGCCGACGGCGGGGCGUUAUUCGUGAUCGCGAAGGGGUCGUGUCGACUCGUCAAGAGCGACGGCGACACGCCCGCGUCGAAACUCCCGCUUCUCCCGGGCGACACCUUCGGCGAAGUCAACUGCGUCACGUCGGGCGACGCCGGGUUUCCCGCGACGAUGAUCGCGUGUGAGCCCGACGGCGCGGACGUGUACAUCGUGAAUUUGGCGCGCGUCGGCGACGCCAUCGCGGCCUCGCGGCUCGUCCUCCUCACGCUGAAGGAGAAGACGAGAGAAUCCGUCGCGAGGCACGGGGAUGACUUUUUGACGAAAUCCACGCGCGGUAAGGACGUCGUCCUCAUCGCGGACGCGGUCCCGCACGCGGACGCGCUCGCGAGGUACGCCAUGGGCGCGGGAUCGUUCGCGUUGACGUACGAUCACGCGAACGGCUCGAUGAAGACUGUCAUCGACGCCGCGAAGAGCGCGCUCGGGGAUGGCAAACACGAGGCGGCGACGAUGAUGCUCGUGACGCCGCCGCCGUCGAGACCGGGCUCGAUCGACGUCGUCGCCGCGGAGUCCAUAGACGCCGCGUCGGUCCGGAGGGAGAAGCGUCAAGAAGACUUCUUGAGAGACAUCGGUGGCAUGUGCAAGCCGUGGGGCGCGCUCGCGCUCGCGCACGGCCCGGGCGUGGACGCCGCGGCGAUCUCCGAGGGCGUGGUAUUCGCCGCGGAAGUCGUCGAAGUCGUCGGCGUCGAGGUCGUGCCCUCGUACGAGCUCGGGAAAGAGAACGGCAGCGAGUCGUUCGAGGCGACGAACGCGGCGAUGUCGAGGGCGACGGCGAAGCACUGGCGCGCGGAGGCGGUCGACAUCGUCAAGGAGAAGGAAGAAGCGGCGGAGCGAGAGCGGCUCGAGAGAGAGAGAGAGAAAGCCGCCGCGGCCGCGAGAGAGGAGGCGGCGCGCGUCGAAGCGGAAGAGAAGAGAGCCGCGGAGGAGCGAGCGGCCGCGGAGGCUGUCGAGAGAGAAGCCGCCGCCGCGAAGGAGAGGGAAGCGGCGGCGGCGAGGAAGAAGGAAGAAGACGCGAAGGUCUCGCCGAAGAUGAAGACGGAGAGAUACCGCCCGCCGCCGGUCGUGGUGGAGCACAAGAGGCCCCCGCCGAUCGCGAGAGAGGAGCCGGUCCUCCCGCCGCCGCCGUCGCCGAGGGCGAGAGCGGAGGCGGAGCGGAAGAAAGCGGAGGUGGAGCGGUGGCGAAGAGAGAAGACGGAGCGCGAAGCCGCGGAGAAGGCUGCGCGCGAGAGAGCGGCGGCGCAGAGUAAACACUCGCCGUCGUCGUCGCCGCGGCAUCGCGAGCAAACAAAAGCGGAGCUCGAGCGGUGGCGACGCGAGAAAGCGGAGAGGGAGGCGGAGGAACGCGCGGCGGCGGCCGCGGCGGCCACCCCGGCGGCGUCCCCGAACCGCGAGACGCGCGUGAAGCAGACGAAGGAGCAAGUGGAGCGGUGGAGGCGAGAGAAGGCGGAGCGAGAAGCCGCGGAGAAAGCCGCCUUGGCGGCCGCGGCGGCGGCGGUCCCGCCCCCGCCGAAGACCGACCGCGUGGCGUACAUCUCGAAGAAGCUCGGCGUCACGAAGAAGGCGGCGACCGCGGCGCUGAAGGACCUGAACAUCUCCGUGUUUAUCGACCCCGGGGUGACGCCCGCGGGGUGCGAACCGUUGAAGCCCGGCGAGGAGCGGGAAAACGUCGUCCUCGCGGGUUUACUCCUCCUCGAAGCGCGUCUGAUGUCCUCGCGUCUGAGGAAGGAAUACGACCUCUCCCUCGCGCUCGCGACCGAGCUCGCGGAGGCGACGCACGUCCUGAAGAUGAUCCCCGGCAGCGUGGACUUGGUGAAGUUUAAGACGGUCGGCGAAGACCUCGUCGGCGCGGUGCGUCGCAAGGCGAUUCGAGCGGGGAAGUUGACGCCGACGGCGAACGACGCGGUGAGGAACGAGACGUCGAACAAGGUGUUAGCGCUGAAGAAGAAGAAAGAGGCGGAGAUGUUCGCGAAGCGCGAGGACGAGAUCGCCGCGGUCGCGCGGGUGAGGAAGGAGAAAGCGGAAGCCGCGGUCGCGGCGGCGGCGGCGGCGGCGGCGCGAAAGUUGAACAUCACGGCGGCCAAUUCUCCGAAGGGGAAGUCCGUGCGCGGGAGCUUCCUGGAGCGGUUGCAGAAGGACGUGAAGAAGCGCGGGAUCGAGUCGAAACCCCGCGCGGCGACCGCGCGUUUGAAGGAAUCCUCGAGCAAGAUGGUCGCGGAAAAGAAGAAGACGCCGCCGACGCCGGAGGAGGCGGCGGCGAGGAAGCGACUCGAGAACCGCGCCUAUCUGAGAAGCGUGAUCCGCGACCGGCUCGUCGCCGCGGGCGUGCACGACCUGAAACCCGGGGAGGGCGUCCCAAAAGACGACAAGACGAUCGUGGAGAUCAUCCGCGCGCACGCGAAGCACCUCGGGAUCAAGUGGUGGAAGAAGGCGGCGUCCUCCGCGAAAACGGCCAGGGCGUCGGACGCCGCCGCCGCCGCGGACGACGAGGAAAACGCCGAGCCGCCGACGUCGCCGUCCACGCCGAAGAUGAAGAAGCUCCUCACCCCGGAAGAGGCGGAGAAGAAGAGGCUGUCGAAGCACGCGAGAGACGCGGCGAAGGCGUGCGAGCGCCUGCGACGCGUGGACUUCCUUCGACGACUUUCAGACGACCUCGAUAAGCGCGUGAAGCGACGGGAGGAGACGGAGAAGACGCCGCCGCGGCCCCGGCCGAAAACCGCGCUCGCGUCGUCGUCGCGAAGUCGGAAGACGAAGUCCGAGUCCGGGGACGGGAUCGAGUACCAGCGCGGCGUCGACUCGCGGUCCGUGGGGGGAUACGACACGUCCAUGAAGGAUGUCGAGGACGAGGACUGCGAGUACUCGGAGGCGGAGCCGGAGCUCGCGUCGCCGGUGCGCGUCCCGAGCGCGGUGGCUUCGAAGAAGGGGGGAGGCGGAGGCGAGACGCGGGGGAUAUUAAAACGGCCGCAAACGGCGCGUUAGAUUUUAUUUACUGGAUGUAAUAGUAGCGUAGUGUUGACGACGUUCGACGUUUUCGUACUUGUAUU